UCAUCUCAUAUUCUCUGCAACUCCCAAAACAACCAUGGCAGCAGCUUAUGCAACUCUUGUUUCUGCUUUGAAUAUCAUAAACAACCUUCACCAUCAUCCCCACCCUCCUGUUUGUCUCGUCAUCAAACAAGUUGAGUCUCUCACUCAAAAGAUUAAUUUCCUGCUUGAAUUUCUCGAGGGGUAUAACCCCCAUCGUGGCUACUCCAAAGAAGCGGAUCCAUUGGAGUCUCGCAUUGCAGAUGCAGCUUAUGCGGCCGAACACGCCAUUGAAUCUCAUAUUUUCGAUCAGCUCACAAAUAAUGGAGAAAAUAUGAGUUAUGAUGGCUUGUAUGAAGCUCUCGAGAAGGUGAUAAAAGAAAUGGUUUUUAUCGAAGAGGAGGCCAAGCAAAUUCAAGGGAGAGUUGGAGUCCAACAUCAGCUGCCUCCUGAUUCCUCCAGAUCAGCUUCUUCGAUCCCGCAGCAGAGUAGCAUGGUGGGUGCUGAUGAUCUCAAGCUUCAAUUGAUGGAUAAGCUCACUUCUGAUCUCCUUCAUCUACAGAUCAUUCCCAUUGUAGGGAUGGGCGGCUCCGGUAAGACCACUCUUGCUAGAACUGUUUAUGAAGAACGUCUUAUUAAGGAGCGUUUUGAUAUUUGUGCGUGGGCUACCAUCUCUCAAGAAUAUAUCAUUAGAGAAAUUUUUGCAGUAGUUUUUCGUCAGUUUAAUAUAGAAGUCGAUGACGAUUUGUAUGAGGAUGAAUUAGGAGAAAAGUUGUAUAAACAUCUCUAUGGUAGAAGAUACCUAAUUAUAAUGGAUGAUAUGUGGAGCAUUGAUGCAUGGGAUAGAGUUAGAAAUUAUUUUCCGGAUACCCAAAAUGGUAGCAGAAUAGUAGUAACAACUAGGCUAUCAGAUUUGGCUUCUACAUUACCUAACUCUGAUUGCCUUGGGAUGGAACUUUUGGAUGAGGCUGAAAGUUGGGAGCUUCUCUCCAAAACUGUGUUCGGCGAAGAAGGUUGGCCUCUUGAAUUGGAGGAAAUCGGAAUAAAGAUUGGAAAAGGCUGCAAAGGACUUCCAUUGUCAAUUGUUGUGGUGGGAGGCCUUUUGGCCAAGUCCAAACAUGAAAGAGAGUGCUGGGAAAACAUGAAUGCAAGUGUCCUUAAUUUAGAUGAUGAUGAGAGUUGCUUGAAAAUACUAUACAUGAGUUACAAGCAAUUGCCAAUACAUUUGAAACCAUGUUUUCUCUAUAUGGGAGUUUUUCCCGAAAAUGAGAAUAUUUUUAUCCCGAAGCUCAUUAAGUUUUGGAUUGCGGAAGGAUUUGUGAAAGCAGUAUGUGGGAAAAGCUUGGAAGAGAUAGCAAAAGAGUAUUUAAAAGAUCUUAUUGGUAGAAAUCUUGUUUUAAGGACUACCAGUGAGUGGUGGUGCCAAAUUCAUGACUUGUUGAGAGACUUGUGCUUGAGAGAAGCUGAAAAAGAAAGACUUUAUUACACCGCAUCAGAUAAUGUAGGCAUCAACGUCUUGCCGCCUAUGUCACAAGCUCGUUCUUUGACGUGGAAUAAUCAAUAUGAACUAUCACCUCUCAAUAUGAGCUUGUUGAGGAUACUGAAAACAACUGGAGAAGAAAGGGACAAAGAAGAUUUAUUUGGACACUGGGAUCAGUUAGUUAACUCACGGUUCCUUCAAAUAGAUUUUGACAAAAGAAGCGAGGAGAAUUUUCCUUGUUCAAUAUGGCGAUUUUGGAAUCUACAAACACUAAUUGUUGAGAACUACAGUAUCAACGAGGUUAUUACUGCGCCAAGUGGUAUUUGGUACAUGUGUGGCAUCAGGCAUGUUAAGUUCACGUAUGGGCUUCGUCUCCCAGAUCCUCCUAACGACCAAGAUGACAUUGUUUUGGAAAAUCUGCAAAGCCUGGGGAAAGUAUUCGAUUUCAAGUGUAGCGAACAAGUGGUCAAAAAAAUUCCCAAUAUAAAAGAAUUGGUUUUUUCUAAUUGUGAUGAUGAGAUGUAUUGUUUGAGCAAUCUCGAUUGUCUAACUAAACUUGAGUCCUUGGAUUGCUUUUUAUAUGGAAAGUGUGCAAUCAACUUUCCCCAUUCGCUCAAGAGAUUGAAUCUUUGUUGCACAAUGGAUUAUUGUUGGGAAGACAUAUUGGAUAAGGUAGGUGUGUUGCCCCAUCUUCACAACCUCACACUCCAAUAUGGGAGUUUCAAGGAAGGGAAGUGGGAAACAACUGAAGGCCAAUUUCUCACUCUCAAAUUCUUGACUCUUGAGAAAUGUCGUAAUCUAGAAAUCUGGGAAAUUGAAAGAUCCCACUUUCCAUGCCUUGAGCGCCUUCAUCUUGAUGGACUAUAUAACUUGCAGGAAAUACCUUUAGAUUUUGCAGAAAUACCCACACUUAGAGAAAUUGUUGUGAAGAAUUGCAGCGAUUUUGCAGUGGUUUCUGCUAAAAGAAUAUCAGAGGAACACGAGGACUAUUACGGGGAAGAGAUUGACCUCCGGUAUAAAUGAGAAUACUACUACUAAGGUAGUGCUUGGGGAAAUUAAUUGAUAAGUAUGCUUGGUUGGUGCUCUGUUUCUCUUUAUAUUUUGGCUUCUUCUUUCAUUUCAAUUCUUAUUCACUGCCCUUUUUUCUCCUAUUUCCACUUUCUCAUUCGCAGCAUAACUGAAAAACAAGUUGGACGCUGCAAUUGUUGUUUCACUCUUUCAUUCUGGUCGGCACAGAUCAGCUCAAACAAGACACACAGUUACUGGAUUCGCAUUAUCAUGUGCGGUAUAUUGGUCCGAUUCACUCACAUCCAUCGAGAGGGCAAUCGCCCACCAGAUUUUAUAGCUCGACAUACACAUGAUGUUUCAGUGAUUUCUUGUUCGAUGCUUUCACUGCUCCUUGCUACUCCCUCCGUCCCAUUAAUAAAGACAUAGGUCUUUUGAGCACGGAGAUUAAGGAAAGGUAGAUUAGUUGUUAAAGUAUUGUGGCCCACCACUAUUAGUGUAGUUGAUUAGUUUUAAUUUAGUGUAUUUAUUUAUUUCUAUUUAAUGUUUUAGUUGAAUUUUAAAUUUUUGUAAUUUCAUUAAUGUCUUUA